UUGAGCGAUUAUGCUUCGCAAAAUUCAACAGUUUCCAGUCCCUAUGGGCCGUUAGCAUGGGCUGGCAACGAGUCUGCUAGCCCUGCGAUAAGUAUUCACGAAAUGCGCACACUAACCGUCCAGGAUGCUGCCUCCUGCUUGGACUAUCUCAAUCGGCGGCAGGUGUUUUUGUACAAAAUGAUGAAUGACCCCAGCCACAAGGCGAUGCUGUACUUCCUCGAGGUGCUGAUGAACUCCGAGACGCCACUCACCGUCGACGACUUGGCCGCCCGGUUUUCGCACAAAACCUUCAGCGCCGACAUGAAAGAGGCUUGUGGUGGCGGCAGUGCCGACGGUCUACGCGACUUCUUACAGCGCUAUCCCUCCCUUUUCAACGUGCGCCCCUCCGGCGUAGUCACCUCCGUGGCUAUUGACCUGCCCGGCAUGGACGACCUGUCGGACGCCCAUGAGCUCGAGUCCGUCAAGGCCGGCCUGAACGGUGUCAGCUGUAGUAAGGCGGGAAGCGGUCUCAGCAACCCCACCUGUCCGUCUCGACCGCCCGGCAACCUAACUCUAAUCGACGGCGGUGGCGGUGGCGGCCUCGACUGCUCCGGUCACAACCCUCGACCGGGACUCGGAGUCGGGGUCGGCCAUCGGCUCGCCGCGCAGACCGCAGCAUACAGUGGGCCGGGCUGUUGUCGAGGCGGGCUCGAUUGUAUGGCCUGUACCAAGACCGGCCCUGCCGCUGAGGCCGAGCAGAGGCCGCGGACGACGGUCUCGUCGGCCGACUCGCUCGCCUCCCUCGCCUCGUCCAGCUCCACUGGCUCCGGCUCCCUGGCCUCUUCGGCCUCGGAGACCGGCAGCCGGCAGUCCACGGGCUCCACGACGAACGGCGGCCUUGACGACUGUCAGGCCCACCGACAGCUCGGCCUCUUCUCGCUGGCCAAAGAGUGCUGUCGCCCCGGCCUGCACCCCUCCAGCCUCGUCAUGUCGGCUUCCGGUUGUCCCACAUGCGCCGCAGCCGCCGCCCUCCACUGCCCCGAGGAGUCCGGCUGCGGCCACCUCCAUCCCCACGGCCCGACGACAUGUGGCCACGUCACCUGCAGCCACACGCACGCUCAUCAACUGCCACACGCCUGCUCACAUUCACACUCACAUUCACACUCACACACCCACGCUCACCCACACACCCAUGCACACGCUCACUCACACGCACUCACACACGGACAUACGCAUGGAUUAGGCCACAUGCACCAUCACCACCAUCACCACGGCCACGUGCACGGCCAUCCGGUGUUGGUGAGUCCUGGCAGCGGCAAGUCGACCGCCGGCGCCACUCCCGACGAGGUUUGCAGCUGGGCCUGCCCCGGCGCCUGUACCAUGCCCUCGGCCGCGGGCAACAAGACGGCGGCCGUCUGCAAGCACCAGCACCGCAUGUGCGGUGGCGAGCUUGUCGUCUACAACGAGGCGCUAGGCGGUUGCGCAGGCUGCGGCAACGGAGGAGCUGGGGCAACCGGCGGGGCUGGAAGGAGCGGUAGUCCCGGCAUCAGUGGCCUCCGGCCUCAGCAGCCCUUUCACCAUCCGAUCGGCAUGUCGCCCAUGACGGCGUUCAUCCACGAGACCGAGGCAGUCAAGUUCUUCCAACAGCGUCUGCUGAAGCGCGAGGAGCGCUGGGUGCUAAUCAAAAGCCUCGCGGGUCAUCUGUCCCAGGCGACGCCAGAGAUCCGCGCCGUGGUCGGGCCUCAGCUCGAGUUCCGUCGCUUCCUCCUCCGACACACGCACAUCUUUGAGGUGCAAGGCGACUUGGUCAGUCUGAAAGAGGCCUUCGCGCCGCCCGUCUGUAGCCUCGGCACGGCUUCCGGCCAGCGCCGGCCCAGGUCACACCAUCCAGCGCUCGCUGGCUCCCUCUCCGGCUCCGGCUCCGGCUCGGGCUCCGGCUCCGGCAGCCUCGGACUUGUCUCCUCGACCAGCCUCUCGCGGCGUCAAGGCGUCACGGUCGGCCGCGCCAUUCGUCCGAGGUCGCUGAUUCUGCCCGGCUCCAACAACAGCCUGGCCGGACUCGUCUCCUCCAGCGGUCUUGGACUGGGACUCGGUCUCGAGGCCAAAGGCCUGCUGUUGCCCGUCUCCGCCUCCGCCUCCGUACCUGUCUCCAUGACAUCAAGUGCCGGAGCCGAGGUAUCGCGCAGUCUUUUCCGUCGCAGCCAAGCCAUGAUGCCGAUCGCCACGCCCGCCUGUGGCCCCUCGACCUCAGCCCCAACGACGCCGACGGCCGCAGGCUCGAAUCCCGGCUCGUUCCGUCGCGGCCACGUGAUCUACGCUCCCGAGGCGCCGCUACUCCCCCCUCCGCCCGACAGCCCCGACCACCUCGUGUCGACCGCAGGCCUCUCGCUCCUGCCUAACUCCACGACCUCGGGCUCGAGUCCCGCUCUGACCAGCCUGGCGGCACUCGGCCAGAAUGCCGUCUCCUCAACGACCAGUCCUUCUGGUCAGCUGGCCUCCAGCCAGACGCCGGGCGUCAACGGCAGCAUCUGCAUCAACAUGUGCGCCAAUGAGUAUCGGUCUUUGAUGUUUUUGCGAAAGGUGUUGGAGAAAAAAGGCGGCGCCCCCGGACAGGCCGGUCUGACGCUGGGCCAGCUGAUGCGCAUCAUCUCAACACGGGCGCCCGAGUCCGUCCAGAAUACCAUCGGAUGGACGAAGAUUGAACUGGAGGAAUUCUUGCGUCAGCACUCGAUCUUCUUCGAGCUGGUCUCCGUCGAGGCGGGCGGCGUGAAUCACGCAGAUUCCGGCGAUCGUGAGGCGGUCAUCGCGACCACAGCUGCAGGCGUGACGUCUUCAUUGGCCUCUUCGACGACGACAACCGUCGAGACUGCGGUGCUGGCCAGCCGGACGGAGACGACAGGAGUCCAAAUGCCUUCGUCCAGUUCGAGUGAUUCGCUCGUGGAGGAAGUGCGAGUGUGCAACCGACGACUGAAGCGAAUGAUCAACAUUCUCAUCAUGAGCAGCAAGCCGAACGGAAUGGCGAAGCGGACGCUAACCAACCGGAAGGGCCGGAUCUUCAACGUUGCCAAACUGUGGGGCAUUAUUGAUCUUGGCCGACAUGAGCACGUCUUCUUCGACAAGUCCAUAUUCCGCUAUGUUGACGAUCUGCAGAAGCAUUUCAAGGUAUGA